ACACACUCCUCCUUCUGCUCUCCCUCCUCCUCCUCUUCUUCCUCCCCCCUUCGACUGCAGAAUGGUACAGUCCAGUCUCACAGAUUUCAUUCAUAAAAUUGUCGCUUCACUACAGAAGCGCAGGAGCGCCGGAGCUGUGCGGAUUUAGUUGCACUGGUGAAUUACAGCAACAAAAAAAAACAAACAAAAAAAACAACCUUUUAGAACAUUGAAGGAAAAAAAAAUAAUAAAACGAUCACAAAUAACCCACGGCAUUUAUUAGCAGCGCACGUGGCGCAGAAUAACUGUUGCAGGAGAAAUAUUGUUUAGAUUAUUUGAUUGCAUUUUGUAAUAAGAAGAUGCCUAAAACCGGGUCCUCGUCUCGCGGCCAGCUGUCUGCCAAGGAGGCGCUCGCGCAGAGCUCCGACGACGGUCCCUUCGUCCCCACGGUUACUGCCAUCGCCACGGCGCCCGAUCUGAAGUGGAUGGUCUUGUCCACUGACAUUUCAUCAGUUGGUCCCUGCAGCGGAGACAAGCAGAAGAAGACACACACACCUCAGAAGAAGACACACACACCUCAGAAGAAGACACAGCUGAAGAGAGACCCCGAGACGGGACCCGGGUUCACCGUGGGCCGGAGGAAAGCACAGAAAGAGCAGCUUUCUCCUGAAGAGGAGGAGAGGAGGAGACUCCGGAGAGAGAGAAACAAACUCGCAGCCGCAAAGUGCAGAGACCGCCGACGUCAACUGACCGACAGCCUGCAGGCCGAGACAGACAGUCUGGAGGAGGAGAAAACUGCUCUGGAGGCAGAGAUCAGCGGUCUGAUGAAGGAGAAAGAGCAGCUGGAGCUCCUGCUCAUGUCCCAUAAACCACACUGUAAAAUCCCCACUGAGAUGGAGGGAGAGGAGAAAAAAGAGGAAGAGGAGAAAGAGGAAAAGCAGGUUCCGGAUGAAACUCAGAAGAAGUCUCCGCUUCUCCACGUCACUUCAGCUUCGACCUCUUCUGGGAAUCUAGAGAAGAUGGCCCCCUCUCCUGUUCCUCUCCACCAAGAGCCCGUGAUCUCAGGAGAUUCAGACGUGCUGCUGUGCUCCAGCGCCGAGCUGGAGCCCUACAUCGACAUCAAGGACGCAGCCAUGGAGGAGCUUGGAUCCAAAAUGGAGUACGAUGACGAUGACAUGGACCUGCUGGUGCCCGACAUCGACCUAAGCGCCUCUUUGGGUCUCAGCGAGUGGGAGACGCUCUACAUGAGCAUGGGAGGAAGUCUGGAGCCACUAACGUUUGAUUUCAGUCAGGGCGAGGAGUGCGAGGGUGGGAAAACAAAACCUGCAGCCGAAAACUCCACUCUGCUGACGUUAUGAAGCUCUGAGCUGAAGAAGAGACAAGAUUCACAGAAUGACAAAAGAUUCACUAAUUUAUCUAAUCUCCAAUCUGAUUCAUCCACUCUCCACCCAAACCUACGAAACACCAUCCAAAACAACCAAACCAUCAGAAUCUCCAACUAAACAUCCUAAUCUUCACCAAAACCAUCAGAAUCUCCAUCUAAACAUCCUAAUCACCACCAAAACCAUAAGAAUCUCCACCUGAACAUCUUAAUCUCCACCCAAACCUUCAGAAUCUCCACCUGAACAUCUUAAUAUCCACCCAAACCAUCAGAAUUUCUAUCUAAACAUCUUAAUCUCCACCCAAACCUUUAGAAUCUCUAUCUAAACAUCCCAAUCUUCAACAACAUGUCACAAAUCCCAUUCAAAAUUCCAUAAUCUCCAACCUAGUGUAUGUCUAAAUUAAUCAAAUUGCCUAAUCUCCACCCAGAUUUCUCCACCCAACUUUGCCAGUCUCUGGCAAAAUACUUUAUUCUCCACUAAUAUGAUAUAAUCUCCAACCGAAAUACUCCAAAAUCCACCAAAGUGACCUAAAGCCAACCAUGAAUGUGGCAAUACCUCAGACUACACUAAUCUCCACCAAAUCCCACUCACAUACCCUCAUCUCCACCCUAAUCUGCAGUGAAAUACCCAGGGGUCUAGCCAAAUAUCUUAUUGUUCACUGUAAACCCUAAAUACUGCAACUACAAACAAACACAAAUCUAAAACACAAAGUUUUCUGAGACUUAACUACUCUGAUCUCCACCCCAGAUCUCCACCCUAAAGAGUCUUAAUCAUCCUACAUUCAUCUCUACCUCACCUAAAUACCCCAAUCUCCACCCUCAGCCUAGAGAAACACCACAAUCUCCACUGCAUAUGAUGUCAUUUAACCUCAUCACUCAUUUUCAAGCAAAACACCACAUGUCUCAGUUCUUCAGUCUAAUCUCCUGUGAAUCAGAUUUUAGAGAGAAGUGAAGGCUCAGCACUUCUGCUGUCUGAAAUUGUGUCCCGGCGUCUUGCCUCUUUUGGGCCUCUGAGCUUUUAACUAUUAUUGUUAUUAUUAUUAUUAUUAUUAUUAUUGUUAAUCGUCCAUAGAUGAACAUCUGACUCUGUUUUUCUAAAAAAAAAAAGAAAGAAAAUAGAAUGAAUAGAAUUAUUAAUACACAAACACAUGAACAGUGAUGUGUCGCUGCAUGGCUGUCUUGAUGUGAUGCACUUUUAGAAACUUUAUUGUGGAGGUCUUUCAACUCUAAACCACUGUUUUUGUCUGUGCAAAGUGAAUUAUAUCUAAGAGCUAUUCGGUUUUAUAUUUUAAAAGGAUAAAAAAACCCCUCCGAAAUGGUUUCUAUGUCGAUGUUACUGAUGGUGUAGCACUCGCUGGAGAAGGUCUUAAUGAGUUUUUGUAAGAGCAUUUCUUCCAGAUUGUGAUGUGGGAUAUAUUUAUCGUAUAUGAGGCUCGUUUAUGCACUUUUGUACUACGUCACUUUCCAUCCACAUCGGUGUUGAUCUCGUGCUUUAACACACACCAGGGCUGAUGAUGUAUAAUGAUACGUAUCGCUGUACCGAGAUAUGAAAUGAGGUAUUGUCGGGAGAUUUUAAAUAUUGUAAUGUCCAAAAUAUCAUGUUCCUGGCCUUCGAUGAUGCAUUGCAUGAAAACGUCCCAAGAACUCAUUAAUGUAUUGGGCAAAAAAAAGAAGGCUUUUAGUCUUGGUGGUCCUUCACUGGAGAAUUAAUAGCACAAACAUCACCAACUCUUUGCUAAUCCAUGUUUAAUUGUGAAACUAAUCUUUUCACAGUAUCCUGAACAUCGUGAUGAAUAUCGUUCUUGUCGAAAAAGUUGUACCCGGUUGUGUUUGUUGUUUGUAAUAUGUGUGUUGUUGUUGUUGUUCUCACGUGCCAUAACUCAGUAUGCUCUUUGGUUUAGGUUUUUAUAUUUUUAUUACCUCCAAUUAUGCCAUGUUUGCAGAUGUGCAAAAAAGAAAA